CAUCCAAACAUCUCGAAACCGAAACGAAAAUGGUGACGUGAGUAGACUAUGGGAGAAAUAGGUUAAUACCUGAAGCAAUUGAACAGCUCCCUUCUUAAACCCUACAACAAUCCCCAAUUUCUCCCCAAAUUGCUAUUGAUCUGUAGCAGAAUGCUGAAUCCAAUCGCUCGCAAUUUGACUAAGCUUUGGAGCGGAGUAGCAGCAGCAAGGCCUGCCAUAAAUCAUCAAUGGCGGUCCUAUGGUCUAAUACCGAUGGUGAUCGAACACUCGUCCCGAGGAGAGAGAGCCUACGACAUCUUUUCUCGACUUCUCAAAGAAAGGAUUAUCUGUAUCAACGGCCCAAUUUCCGAUGAUACAUCACACGUCGUCGUAGCUCAGCUGCUCUUCCUCGAAUCUGAAAACCCUUCUAAACCAAUCCACAUGUACCUCAACUCCCCCGGAGGAGCCGUCACUGCAGGUCUUGCGAUAUAUGAUACAAUGCAAUAUAUUCGUUCUCCAAUCAAUACUAUAUGUUUAGGUCAGGCUGCAUCAAUGGCUUCUCUGCUUUUGGCAGCUGGUGCAAAGGGUGAAAGGCGGGCUCUUCCUAAUGCUACCAUCAUGAUCCAUCAACCUUCGGGUGGAUAUAGUGGGCAAGCCAAAGACAUGACCAUUCACACCAAGGAGAUUAUUCGAAUUUGGGAAUCAUUGAAUGGACUUUAUUCUAAGCAUACUUCACAACCUGUUGAUGUAAUUGAGAAGAAUAUGGAUAGAGACUACUUUAUGACUCCAGAAGAGGCAAAAGAGUUUGGUAUCAUAGAUGAAGUCAUAGAUGAGAGGCCGUUAACUUUGGUCACGGAUGCUGUUGGCAGCGAAGGGAAGGGAAAAGGUCCAGAGUGAAAUCCGAGUGAAACGAAUGCAUAAAGCAGAUAUUUUGGUCGUUCUCUUUCUCUCUUUGCAAACUGUAACAGACAGAUUAAUCAAAGUAUUCAGCUGUUCUCCCAGCAUCUUUAUUGCGAGAAUCUUGGCUUCUGUCAUCACGCAUUUUUAAUUGCAUUCUGUUGAAUGGGCUCAUAAAAUGGUUCCUUUUCCUGGUAUGAUUCUUGUCUUGUGUUUUGCAUUGUUAUAAAUAUGAGAAAAAACAUUGAAUCUAAGAC